CAGUAAGCACACAUCAGUGACCACACUGGCGCGAGCGAGACAAAAGUACCAGCCGCGGCCACCCGGGGCCCCCACUUCUAGGCUGACUGCAGGGCGCAGCUUUCUGGGCCAGCCCAGUGGAAGCCACGGGUUACUACCCCAUGGAGGGAUGCCAGGCGAUGGAGGCAGCCAACAGCUCUGAGGGUGACGUGGAUUUCAACCCCAUGAAGGACUACAUGGUCCUGAGCCGUGCGCAGCAGAUAGCCGUCGCGGUGCUGUGCACCCUGCUGGGGCUGCUGAGCGCCGUGGAGAACGCGGCCGUCCUCUGUCUCAUCUUGUCCUCCCACCGGCUCCGCAGGAAGCCUUCCUAUCUGUUCAUUGGCAGCUUAGCUGGAGCGGACUUCUUGGCCAGUGUGAUCUUUGCCUGUAAUUUUGUCAAUUUUCAUGUCUUCCAUGGUGUGGAUUCCAAGGCUGUCUUCCUGCUGAAGAUUGGCAGCGUGACCAUGACCUUCACAGCGUCUGUGGGGAGCCUGCUGCUGACCGCUGUUGACCGCUACCUCUGUCUGUGCUACCCACCUAUGUACAAAGCCCUCCUCACCCGUGGGAGGGCGCUGAUGGCACUGGGCAUCAUGUGGGCUCUCUCGGCAUUGGUCUCCUACCUGCCUCUCAUGGGAUGGACUUGUUGUCCCAGUCCCUGCUCUGAGCUUUUCCCACUGAUCCCCAACGACUACCUGCUGGGCUGGCUCAUUUUCAUUGCCACCCUCUUCUCUGGCAUCAUCUACACCUAUGGGCACGUCCUCUGGAAAGCCCAUCAGCAUGCAGCUAACUUGGCGGAGCACCAUAACAGGCAGGUGCCAGGGAUGAGCAGGAUGAGGCUGGACGUGAGGUUGGCCAAGACCCUGGGGCUGGUGCUGGCCGUGCUGUUCGUAUGCUGGUUUCCUGCACUAGUGCUCAUGGGCCACAGCCUGGUCAGCACGCUGAGUGACCAGGUCAAGAAAGUCUUCGCCUUCUGCUCCAUGCUGUGCCUCCUCAACUCCAUGGUCAACCCUGUCAUCUACGCCCUGAGGAGCGCUGAGAUCCGCUCCUCUGCCCGUCACUGCCUGGGUACCUGGAAGAAAUACGUCCAGGGCCUCGGGUCUGAGGGGAAGGAGGAAGGCCUGAGGUCCUCAAUCACAGAGACAGAGGCCGACAUCAGAACGACCACAGGUCUGGAUACUAGAGGCCCGAGCUGCUGAGCGUAGCAGUGCCUCUUUCUCAGCUGGAAACCACCCAAGUCAGAGAUCUGUGUGCUUCCUGGAGGAGAAGGUAGCUCUGGCCACUCCCAGCUGAGUAGUGCUGGGGUUUGUUUCUGGAGGGCAGCCUGGCCAUGCCAACCUGUGCGGUCUGCGGAGGGUGCUCUGUGGGAGUGGCUGGGGGAGCCUGAGGCUGAGGGCUUGGGCCAGGCUCUGUAAACAUCAGAAACCCUCCUGGGAAAGUGGCUUGGUGCCUUCCUCUAGAGGCCCCAAAAGCCAAAGGGGAACAGUGAUGACAGACUCAGAGGACGUCUGAGAAAAAGAGGAAGGGGGAGGAGGAUGUGUUCUUCGGGGAGCUCAGGGUAUCCUGGUCAGUGGGGUCACGGCCUGCAACGUUGUCAAUGCUCAGGUCUCUCACAGUGUGGACUCCAAGGUCGUCUUCCUGUUGAAGAAUCUCAGUGUGACUGUGACCCGCAAGCUCUUGUUCCUGCUUCAUGAUCAGGACCUCUUUGCUUCUAGAGGCAUCUGAGGCCCACCUUCAGGUCACCCCCACCCAGGAACAAGUGUAAUGAUGUGCUGAGGAAGGGUAUGGGCUGCCUUCUUUUAGAGAGAAUGCCAAGCCAUCAGCUCAGGCUAGUUUGUUGGAUAAGGCCCUCCUGACUUCUCAUGACCCCCGUGAGCCACUGUGAUGGCAUAGGACCCUGGGAGACCCAAAGGAGCCUGGGUUUACUAGACACUGAGACUCUUCAGAGCACGGUGUCCGCCUGUGUGUCCAUCCCUCUAUGUGAUGCUACCAAGAGCAAGGAGUGCCCCGGGUCUAACCCAGCUCCAGGAUCAAAAAAAGAUACUCAUCGAGAUCCUCUAGGUCCCAGGUUGUUUCCAGCACCUUCUCAACAGAGCCUCUUUGUUCAUGAAGCCCCUUUUUUCAUCUUGAAGGAUGAGUAAAGUGACUGGGGGAGGGGAGAUUCCCUGCCGUGAGCUAGAGCAAUGAACAAAGAACAAGUCUGACAUUCCUAAAUCCAUAGGCCCUGUAAGAACACAGCCCCUCGCUUUGGAAGAUCCCAGGGUGCCUGGGUUUUACCAAUCAGUGGAGCUUAAAACUGGAGGCAAGGGCUGGAGAGAUGGCUUAGUUAAGGUGCUUGUCUGCAAAGCCUAAGAACUCAUUUUCAA